GAAUAUUCAAUAAAUUUUAGAAGCUAAUUAAAAGAAAGUAAAAAGUAGAAAUUUUAUUAGAUAGAUAGAUAGCACUAAGUAUUAAUUGAAUUACUUUAUUUCGAUUAAAUAAUAGGGGGCUUUGGCUAAAGCGUUGAAAAUAACUAAAAUAUUUUUUUAAAGGAAAAAACUCACGUUGCUAUGAUUAACAAUUUAAAAAAAAUGACUAGCCAUUAGGUCUAAACAAAUCUUCCUCCUAUAACAAAAGGAGUAAAUCCAAAUAUGAAUACUAAUCAAAAAUAAAAUCCAUUUGAUACUUUAAAUUUUGAGAUGCCUAUCAGCCAAAAUUCUACUAAAAAUUCUGCUUCGAUUUCAUAAAAUUAGAAUAGAUCCUAAGACAUUCAGAAAUAAGUUAAACCCGUUGUAUAAUAGACGCAGUAAGCAAACGGCUUCUCGAACAAAAACAGUCAAAAGAAAGACUCUAUUAAUAUUUCUAAGGUAAAAAAUGAAGUCAACAAUCUACCUGGUAAGUACAAUAUUUAGAGCUAAGAAUUUCAAAGGGAUGAUGAAAAUCAGCUUUCUCCUCAAUUAAACAGAGAUCAUCAAGCAUUCGCAGAAAUAAGACAAAAUAUGGAUUCGAAUUUUUAAGAAAAUAAUAUUAAAGAGAUUUAUUCAAAAGAUAAAUAAGUGAAAUAACCGUUUAUUCCUUACAAAUACCGCAAAAGCAGCAACCCCUCUGUUAAUGCUAGCAACUUUGACUAAAAUAAUUUUUAUUAUAAUACAAAAGGCUAUUUACAAAGUGAAAAUAACAGUUAUGCUACAGAUUGUAUUGUUAAUUAUUCAGAUGAUGGAGAGAUUUCAAAAGAAGAAUAUAGAGAUCCCAUUUUAAAUGUUUAAAAACACAGAAAGGAAUUUGGUAUUAAUAUUGCUUAAAAAAUGAAUAGGUUCUAUAAUAUUAAGGCUCUAACUAAUAAAAGUUAACAACUGUAGUUAGCAUUUGAUAAUGCAAAUAACCUUUUUAUUGUCGAUCAGAGAGAUGAUAAUUAUCUUUCUUAAACUGUCAUGAAUCUGAAUAUGGACAUGAGCACAAGAAAGCACCAAUCUUAAGAUAUUCUUUAACAAAUUAUCUAAGAAAAAAGAAAUUCAAUCGCCUAAGGUGAAGGCCUUUGUCAUAGCAUAACUACUAAUGGGAAAGAGUCUCUUCUUAGUUAAUUAUCAAAAAAAUCUUAACUUAAAACUUAAAUGUAAAUGAAUACCUAAGGCAGCUUCAUGAAACCAAAAUAUAUGCUUUAUCAUAACUCAAAUUCUAAUUAGAUCUCACCAAAAAGUAAUCUAAACGCAUAAAUUAUCAACUCACCAAUUAGUAUUAGCAGCAAUAGUAACAAUUAAAAUGUAAAUUAUCCUAAAAAUUACAAUGCUGGAUUUUCAACUUCUGUGUUUAAAACUAACAUAAAUCAUUUUGGGAUGCCAAAAAAUAGCAAUAAUUUCUAAAACACUCCUUCACCACCUUCGUAAUUUGAUAAAUUCGCAUUUAAGAAACCAGAAAUUCCACUAGUGAAUACAAGAAAGGCCUUAUUCAAAUAUACAAAUAAUAAUAAGAAGCUAGUCAAAUCAAAUACAGAAGGAAAUUUCUCAAGUUCCUAAAACUAUAAAAGUUAGUCACAGUAUUCUCAUGAAAAUCUAAAGACAAAUACAGACGCAGGAUACUUUUAAAAAUUGAAUGACUUGUUUCAUAAUUAGCAACUGAGCGCAUGCCAGUAAUUUAAUUAACCUUAAAUUAUGACAGCUAAGAAUCAGUUAAAGUAGCAGCCAUAAAAGAUUGACUUAUUUUCAAAAAGUUGUCUUUAAACUUAAAAUAAACCUUAUUUUGAAUAAGAUAUUAAUCUGUCAGAGAGUUUAAAGACUUGGAAAGUUAAGCAAUUUAAUGAUGAUUUUAAUAAAAUAUCAAAAGAAUUGAAAAAAUCAUACUACAGAGGCUAGCUUAAUAACAAAUUUGAUAGUAAAAAUUAGACAGCAUACUUCACGACUAAUGGAAUGUAUGGAUUUUUUUGCUCUAAAAAUGAAGAAGUUGCAAGAGAUUCAGGUUAAGAUAAUUAAGAAAAAUCUAAAAUUGAAGAAGAAAAAAGAGAAGGUUCUUAAAAUUAAAGAUAGCAAACACAAGAUAAGAAUAUUGAUAGUGAAAUUAAUUAGGUAAACAGCUUCUAAACUGAAAUUUAAUCUUCUAAGACGCCAAGAAAAUAAAAUUAUAACAAUUUGAAAGAGCUAGUUUUGUAAAAAGAAGAAGUCAAGUAGUAGUAAAAUGUUUAGCCAAAUGAAGUUGAAGUGUAAAAUGAAGAAUAAUAAGUUGUUAGAUAAAAUGAAUUUGCUGUAGAAACUGAACCUACUAAAAAAAAUGAUGAUAUCCAAUAAGAAUCUUAAGGCUAAGCUGAUAGUUUGAAAAUUAAUUUAAAAAAAAAUAACUUAGAAGUAGUGAAAAAGGAUAUGAGCAAUAUCAAAACUAAUUUUAAUAAGAACAUCUAAGAUUUUAUGAUUGGAAACAUCAAGCAAAACAAUCAAAAGUAAGCAAAUGAAAAGAAAGGAAGUAAUACUGCUAGAGAAAUAUACUAAAAUACAUCUGAAGAUGACGAAAUAACAGGAUGGAUCAGCAGAAAAAAGUCAGAUACUUUAUUUUAGCAUAGACCCAGCUUUUCUUCAUACCAUUAAUCUAAAACAAGCAUAUAAUUUAGAAAAAACAUCAACGCAAGCAAUACUAAUUCAAUCACCUAUAACAGCUAACAAGAAUCGUAUAAAAAUAUAUUUGGUUCAAACUUUAAAAUAACCUCUCCUAAAAGUUAAAAUGGAGCUAAUAGCUUUUAAUCUAUUCCAAAAAGUAAUUAAAGCAACAAUAACAUCUAAAAUAGUUAGCAUUCAAUUGGUGCAAGCUCUAAUAAUUAGACAAGAGAAUAAAAUAAUCAUCACAAAGAUCCUAACUUAAUUUCUAAAAUUACAGAACAUGGUGAGUCAUAAGAUUACUCUUUGGAUAACAGUAACUUUAUUUAGAAUAGGAUGGCAGGAUUUAUUACAAGAGAUAAAAAUGAUGAUGAUGAAGAUCUUAAAAACUAUCUGCAUUUGCAAAAUAUUAUACCAUCUUAAAUAAAAUGA